CAAGAUGGUUUGUGCUAAGAGUUGGGUCCUGAAGAAACAUUUUGAAGGUUAUCCUACUACAAGUAACUUUGAGUUGAAGACAACUGAACUUCAACCCUUGAAAAAUGGAGAGGUACUGCUUGAAGCUUUGUUUCUCAGUGUGGAUCCCUAUAUGAGAGUGUCAGCCAGAAAAUUGAAGGAAGGUGAUACGAUGAUGGGGCAACAAGUGGCCAGAAUUGUGGAAAGUCAAAACUCAGCUUUGCCAAUAGGAACUAUUGUUGUGGCUCCUUCAGGCUGGACAACACACUCCAUUUCUGAUGGGAAAGACCUGGAAAAGCUGCCUACAGAAUGGCCAGACACAUUACCAUUGUCUUUGGCUCUGGGGACCAUUGGCCUGACAGGCCUAACAGCUUACUUUGGCUUACUUGAAAUCUGUGGUGUGAAAGGUGGAGAAACAGUGAUGGUUAAUGCAGCAGCAGGAGCAGUGGGCUCUAUUGUUGGACAGCUAGCCAAGCUCAAGGGCUGCAAAGUAGUUGGAGCAGCAGGUUCUGACGACAAAGUUGCCUACGUGAAAAAACUUGGAUUUGAUGUUGCCUUUAACUAUAAGACGAUAAAAUCUUUAGAAGAAACUUUGAAAAAAGCCUCUCCUGAUGGCUAUGAUUGCUAUUUUGAUAAUGUAGGUGGAGAGUUUUCAAACACGGUUAUCCCCCAGAUGAAGAAAUUUGGAAAAAUUGCUAUGUGUGGAGCCAUUUCUACAUAUAACAUUACUCGUCCACGUCCCCCAGGUCCACCCCCAGAAAUUAUCAUCUAUCAGGAACUCCGCAUGGAAGGCUUCAUAGUUACCCGCUGGCAAGGCAAUGUACGCCAGAAGGCUUUGGAAGAUUUGCUGAAAUGGGUCUCCGAGGGUAAAAUCCAAUACCAUGAAUACAUCACAGAAGGAUUUGAAAACAUGCCAGCUGCAUUUAUAGGAAUGCUGAAAGGAGACAAUUUGGGAAAAGCCAUAGUGAAAGUGUGA